AUGGCCAUCGACGAAGACAAUGGCCUCUGCACAGCUUCUGUGGCAGAAAAAUACCCACAUGGGAUGCCCAAAGAGUCGGACGGACGGGGGUACUGGGGGACCAAAGCCGAGUUCAUCCUGACUGUGAUGGGAGCGAUCAUCGGACCUGGGAAUGUAUGGAGGUUCCCUUACCUGUGCUACAGAAACGGCGGAGGCGUGUUUCUCAUCCCAUACAUUUUGUUCAUGUUUACAUGCGGAGUCCCUUUAUUCUUCCUUGAGACUGCCUUGGGACAGUACACCAACGAGGGGGGAAUUACGUGCUGGAGAAAGAUUUGUCCGCUAUUCCAAGGCAUUGGCUAUGCCAGUCACUUAAUCAUCAUAUUCAGUGCCACCUCCUACAUUAUCAUCAUUGUAUGGGCAUUCUUUUACCUGUUCUCCUCCUUCAGCGGGGAUUUGCCCUGGGCCACAUGUGGACACUACUGGAACACAGACUCAUGCUUUGACUUCAUCCCUCCAAAUCUGAGCAUCAGCAUGACAUCCAGACUGAAUACCACUCUUCCUGUUGUGGAGUUCUGGCAGCGUCGGGUUUUGAAAAUCUCUGGUGGUAUCGAGGAGGUGGGGAGCUUGAGGUGGGAACUGGUCUUGUGUCUCAUCCUGACCUGGGUCAUCUGCUACUUCUGCGUUUGGAAGGGUAUCAAGUCAACAGGAAAGGGAGGGAUGUACCUGCUCCAGCUGUUGGACCAUCAUGUCUGCAGUGGCACCACCCUGCUCCUCCUCUCCCUCUGCCAGUCUGUCAGCAUUGCCUGGGUGUAUGGUGCUGACCGUUUCUAUGGCAACAUCAUAGACAUGAUUGGUUAUCGUCCAUACCCAUUAAUGAAGUACUGCUGGUGCUACAUCACUCCCUUACUCUGUUUUGGCACCUUCAUCUUCUCUAUUGUCAGAUACUCCCCUCUGAAGUUCAGCAACACUUAUGUUUAUCCACUCUGGGCCAACAUCUUGGGCUGGUUCAUUGCCACCAUCUCCCUCUCCCUUAUCCCACUCUUUGUGUUACAUAAACUGAGGCAGGGAAAAGGCUCUCUUCGACAGCGAUUCUUGUUUCUCUGCCAGCCUGUGGACCACCUCCUGAUGGAACAAAAAUGUCUUGCCACACUAGGAACCAAUGGCACCAGUCCCAACACAGAGCUCAAACCUUUAGCCCAACUCGUUCAGUGAACAUAAAGAAGUUGUUCAGCUGAGAGGUGUGCUGUAAAUUAUUGUGUGGUCUUCUGGAGCCUUAUUCAUCAAUCUUCUAAGAAUCCAAAAUCAGGAUGCUCUAAAAUGAGGCUACUUAGGAGGCAACUGUGUGUGAAAAGUUUUUUUGCUACAAGUGAAGAAUAAGACCCAUUUAUAA